AUGGCCGCGAGGCUCCUCUCUCGGAUUGCCCGGAGUGGGCGGCGCCACCAGGUACCUCCGCUUUCUCCCGGGGCCAAGAGCUGUGGAAGCCAGUUCGCGCCGAGCCCAUGGGCAAAGGUGAGGUUUUUGUUCCCCUCCGGGAGGGUUUAGGGCUUGUUUAUUUACUCCACGAAACCUCGUGUGGAAGAUACUCGAAGGGGAGCAGAUAUAGUUUGACAUUCGGUGGCGAGAGUAAAUUAAUUUUUUCAAUCUUGUUAAAAUGAACUCGAGGCCCUUGUUACCGUAUUUCUGGUGUGUGUGUGUGUGUGUACUUCUUGAUGGUUGCCUUACCAUUGCAACUGAUCAUACGCAGCAAGGCAUGUCUUCCAUCACUUCCAAGUGCUUCUCUACGACGGUGUUGGGUUCACAGGGGCAGGAAGUCGUAUUCCCCCAAGAGUUGCUGUCGAAGCAGAAGGUCCUGAUUCCUGAUCGUCCUCUAGGUAUUGGGUUCACUGCUUGGUUUGCGUUUUUUUUGUCUCGAGUACUUGCGACAUUUGCAUACUGAAUGAUUUUCACGGUUAAUGAAAUAUUUUACAGGUAUGAUGUAUGCAGAUACUACAUUGUGAUGAUAAUUCAAAAUUAUUUUUUUCUAUAAUCCAGCAUUCGGUUAUCUUUUUUCUAGUUUUAUUUUUAUACUAAUAAAGUACUUAUUGAUUGCAUUCAUAACUAAAAUGGAUUGCUGUUCGUAUUUAUGCUAUUGAUUUUAAACCUUUUUCUAUAGCUUUUAAGACUUCCUCCUACUUCAUGCCACGUUCUCGUCUCUCGAGGUCAGGUGUCUGGCCAAUGUUUUCUCGAUGGAUCACGUCCUUGAGCAUGUUAAAAUCCACAGCAAAGUUGUGAAAAAAAUUCCGAGUGUUAAAAGGUUAAGAAGACGACUGCAGUCAAGUUUCUGAACCCCUCAGAUUCAUUGUAUAGAAUGGGGACCAUAUGUGUAAAAUACUCGACGAAAAUAGGAUAUGAAACAAGGUUGAUUUGUUCGAACAGCACAUUGAAUUUUAUAGCAUUAACAUCUUUCCGUCACGAGUUCAAUCAAGAUAGAUUUAAAGUCUCUGUAUGGACAUAUUGAACCGGGGUGAACAAAAACUUACAUAGAAGGAUAUUGGUAUUUUGCGUUUCAUACUGUUCAUUUUUGUUAAUGAAGACAAUGCCUUGAACUGAAUCAAGACUUGAAAGUUAUAAAGGAAAAGUGGCUAAAAAAAACGCAAUAAUAUGGGUUGACUGAAGUCACACAGAUAUUAGGACGAUGAAAGGUAGACAGAGAUGAGUGUACACGAUUAAUGCCUGCCCUCUAGUCAUUGUCUGCAAAGGGGAUUUGGACUGAAGGACAGCUGCAACACGAGUUAGGUAAAAGGAUUCAUGAAGCUGUGAAUAUAUUAGGAUGAUUGUUACAUGCCGGGGAUUGCGUAUUCUUUAUUGGGACCACAAUCAGUAUUGCUACGAAUGAACAUAAGUGCUAAAUUUUUUUAUAUUGCCGCAAUGAUCCAAUUUCUAUUCUAUUAUCACCGUCAUGAUCCCUUGUUGGGGGAAUAAAUUAAUGCAUUUGUCACAUUGCAGGGCAGUAUGCUGACCUAGUGACAAGGGUAACAAAUUUUCAGAAUGAAGACAAAGGUUUGAUGGUUUUAGCGGGUGAUGUCUUUGAUGUGCCAAUUAGAAAGGAUAUUGUUCAUCGUGUUGUAAGGUGGCAACUUGCAAAGCGACAACAGGUAUUACACUGUCGCUUGUUCAGUGUUCCGUAGGGACAUGGAGACUUAAAACAUUUUCACUCCCCGGGACACUGUGCCACUUUCUUAAUUUAUGAUCAAGGCCGAAUCUUCCAUCUUCGUUAAGAACAUUUUAUUAGUAAGCAUGUCCCAGGCAAACAGUUUAAUGUAUAGGAACUUUAAUGGGUUUCAGUAUUAUUUCUGCCACGUGACUGUUGUUUUAUGAAAAUUUCUGCAUGUUUUGAACGUUGGUUUUAUUUUCUACUUCUAACAUAGCUUUUCAUUUUUUUAGGGAACGCACUCAACAAAAACAAUCAGUGAAGUCAGUGGAACUGGGAGAAAACCAUGGAGACAAAAGGGCACCGGGAGAGCAAGGCAUGGGACGUUGCGUGGCCCACAGGUGAAUGAUUUUUUUAAUGUUUUGAAUGAAUGGAUAAUAAUUUUUUUUAGACACCAAUAUGUCUGAUGUGCUCACUUGAUAUUUUUUAGACUUAUUUAUACAUUUGAGUCUAUUGUGGCCAAUCAAUUUUAGUGCAUGGAUAGUCGGCUAGAUCACUAAUUCUGUGACAAAAAAGUAGUGCUUAUGUAGCUUAUAUGUGCAUCCAACACAUAACUCUUCCAGAUAUCUCGUUUGGUCUUGCUAUCUGAUUUAACGUCUGUGUUUAAUAUAAUGUUGUUGUAUUACAGUUCAGGCAUGGUGCUACCAUGCAUGGUCCAAAGCCUAGAAGCCAUGCUAUCAAACUGCAAAAGAAGGUCCGCCGUCUAGGUCUGAAAAUUGCUUUAUCAGCCCGAACUGCAGAAGGAAAGGCAAGUUCUAAAUUAUCAAAACCCUAUCAUUAUUGAGCAUUUCCGUCACAUUUGUGGGAUAUCUUAUCUUCUUAUUUCCUGAAGCUCAAUCGUAACUUUUUGCCCAGUAGUUUGGAAUCAUUCUUUUUUUUUUUUUUUUCGUUUCGUAAACUUGAUUGAAAGUAAAAGGACUUCUUUUGCGUUCUUCCGUCCAAUGCAGUUGACCGGUAUCUAAUCUUUUAUCCUGCGUGUGCAUGAUUAAACACAUUUGGAUGACUAUAUUUUAUUCUAUUUAUUACCUGUGUCGAAGCUAGUACUAAUCUUUUGUUUUCAUUUCUCAUACUCCUUGGAUAAAUUUGAGGCAUUGCCUUUUUUGUUAUGCACAUGAAUGCCCAAUUCUCCUUGGCCCAUUAUGACAUCAGAAUAUAUAUAUAUAUACACACGCACACACACACGCAUGCACACACACAUGUAUUCACUUGUGUUGAUCGUCAUUGCCCUUUUUAACGUCAAUGUACUUAGUUGUUCCUCCCAUAUCCAGCUCGGCAUAAUAUGCCUGAUCUUUGCAUAAGUUUACGAUGGGUCUUUGAUGUCUUAGUGACAUAGAUCAUUCACAUAAGAGGCUAGGAUCGUCUGUGCUCCAACCCAAUGACAAAAAUAAGUUUUAUUUAUUUUUAUUUUAAUUAUAAUUAUAAGCUUAAUAGUUUUAGGUUAAUUAAUGCAUGAUCAAAAGGAUUGAACAUUGUCCAUCAGGGAUUUGCGAUGGAGAUAAGUAUGCAAAACUGGCACCUUCAACGUAUACAUGGUUGAAAGAAUGUGUGAGAAAAGUUCAUCAUUUUCUUAGCCUACAGGGUCGAACGUUUUGUUCUUAAAAAUCUCACAAAUUGUUUCAUGUUUAAAUUGUGGAAUUGCUUGUCUACGUGUUCUAAGAAAUUGCUGUCGUGGAAAAUCAUGUAUCAUUAUCUCUGUUGUCUUCAUCACAGGAAGAAUCAUGUAACUUUGCCACAACUGAAUGGAACCAGUAGCAUUGGUUUCUUCAGAAAGCCAACCAUGUAUGUAAUUAUAAUUAGAUACAGUAAUGAACAUUUUUCACAGCAUCUCUCUCUAUCUGUGUCACUCAACUGUAGAUUUUAACUUUUUUUUUUUUUUUUGAUCUUUAUCUCGUGGAAGCUAUCUGGUUUAUCUGAUGCAGCUCUUUUUUUUCUGCAUUGUGUGUACUUUUUUGGAUGGGAGAUGGAAGCUUCUUCGGGCUUACUCCCUCAUCGUCGGUGGGCUUAUGGAACAUUUUACUGCGUGUAUAACCAGCUUAUAAUCUUCGAGGACCUCGCCAUGCCCAGCCACAAGACAAAGUACGUUGUGACCGCAGUCUCUCAGAUGGAGAAUGCCAAGAAGGUCCUGCUCGUGGAUGGCGGCCCCAUAGAUUCCAACUUACAGCUGGCCACGCAGAACAUCCACUACGUCAAUGUGCUCCCUUCGAUUGUAAGCCCCUGCCAUUUUUGCCUUCCAUCUCCCUUGGGAUUCACCGUCUCUCAUCUCUCUUCAUUUAAAUGCAUAAUAUAUAUAUAAUGUGUUGUAUAAUAUCGCUGCUGCAGGGUCUAAAUGUGUACAGCAUCCUCCAACACGACACGCUUGUGAUGAGCAGGGACGCUGUGAACAGGAUAGUUGACCGGAUGCACACGCCCAUCAACCGCUGA